AUGUCCACAAACGGUACAGGGAAAACAAGAGAAGCUAUUCGACGUAAAUUAGUCAUUGUUGGAGACGGGGCUUGUGGGAAAACUUCUUUAUUAUCGGUUUUUACAUUAGGCUACUUCCCAAAGGUUCCAACUGUAUUUGACAAUCGGGUUACAGAUCUCAAAAUUGACGGAAAACCUAUACAGCUAGCAUUAUGGGAUACAGCUGGACAAGAAGAAUAUGAGCGUUUAAGACCUCUUUCCUAUUCUAAGGCACAUGUCAUUCUGAUUGCUUUUUCGGUUGACCUACCAGAUUCAUUAGAAAAUGUUGCUGCUAAGUGGAUUGGUGAGGUCACGUCUCAUUGUCCAAAUAUUCCUAUAAUUUUGGUGGGAUUAAAAAAGGAUUUAAGAGAGAAUGAAUCCGUAAUAGCGGACAUGCAGAAAAGAGGUCUCUCCUUUGUCAGCCAAAAGCAGGGCGAACUUAUGGCAAAUCAAAUAGGUGCAAAGAAAUAUCUUGAAUGCUCAGCAUUGACCGGUGAAAACGUGGAUAACGUUUUUGAAGCUGCAUCGAGAGCAGCACUUUCGACACUUGACGAUG